UGUUCCGAUCAUCUAAGAUACUUUCAUUUCUUCCGUGUACUGUUUCCCGUCCAUUACAACCGUCGCUCCUUCCUUAUUCGCAAUUCAUUUGUAAUUUUCUACGUACCUUCAUCAAUCCGCUCUUUUCCAUUGGCUCUUAAUGGGUCCGAAUUCUCCAGGAGAUCCACUCUCUCGGAAUCAAGAUGGAUUAGAGACAGGUUUACUACCUUAUCCCCAUCGUCGGUUGUAGCCGUUGAUGCCUUCAAUACAAAACCAUCAAAAUUGGCCCGGGUUGCUUACGCCCCUCAGUUCCGCAACUGUCUUCUAAUUUCUGGAUGGAGACACAAUCGGAAACCAAGAGAAGACGUCUACAGUGAGCCCAUUCAUAUCAAGUAG